AUGUCCUGGCUGAGAGAGGUCAAUCCGGGACGAUCACAACGGAGGAUGCAGCAGCCGCAGCAGGAACUGCAGGAACAGGAGCAGGAUCCGGAGCAGCGGAGGUUCAUAAUGGUGCCGUCGUCCACUCCCUCCUCGUCGUCGUCGACCUCGUCGAUCGCGACGGAUCUGCGCGACACCGAUGUCGCGGGCCUCGUGACGGGCGCCGAACUGCCGAACCUGGCGCUCCAGAGCGUCGCCCUGCGGCUCCAGGGCGCCCUCCUCUCCGCCCUGCAACGCGCAGCUCUCCUGCCACCGGGUCACGCAGCCGCGGCGGCCUUGAACUUGCAAGCGCUCGAGACGUACCUGACGCUCCAUCGUCUUCACGCGAGCGGCGCGACUUCCGGCGUCGCGCCGGCGACGACCACCGCGGUCGGGCAAAGGUGUCCGAACGCCGUUGAGAACGCGACGCUGACGUCGGGCGUCCUCAAGAACGACCACCUGGUGACGGCCGAUCAGCUACUGCGCUCGGCCGCCGCGUCGAUCGCCGAGGACGACGAGGCGCGGUUGGACUUCGUCGCCGACCCCGACGAGGACCUGGCGCUCCUCGAGGAGGAGGAGGAGGUGCUACUGCGCGAGGCGACGACCGUCGUCGCCUCGCCGACCGCGAAUCACGAGUUGUUGCUGCGACGGAUAUCCGAAGGGGGGAACCGCGCGAACGCCUCGGUAACGCCGCAAUCCUCGUCCUCGUCGUCCUCGUCCUCCUCCACCCUCGUCGCGACACCGUCCUUCGCCUCGUCUUCGGCCUCCUCCGGCUGCUCCUCCGCCUCCUCCUCCUCCUCGUCCUCCUCGUCGUCCGCGCAACACGCGUCGGUCGACUCGAGUGUACCAAGGACUUGCAGGACGUCCCGGCCCAAGAAACAGUUCAUUUGUAAGUUCUGCAGCCGGCAGUUCACCAAGAGCUACAAUCUGCUGAUCCACGAGAGGACGCACACCGACGAGCGGCCGUACUCGUGCGACAUUUGCGGCAAAGCUUUCCGACGGCAGGAUCACCUCCGGGAUCACAGGUAUAUCCACAGCAAGGAAAAACCGUUCAAAUGCGGCGAAUGCGGCAAGGGAUUCUGCCAGAGCCGGACCCUGGCCGUUCACAAGAUCCUGCACAUGGAGGAGUCGCCGCACAAGUGCCCGGUCUGCGCCCGAAGCUUUAAUCAGAGGAGCAACCUCAAGACCCAUCUGCUCACUCACACGGACAUUAAGCCCUACCACUGCACCUCCUGCGGCAAAGUCUUCCGCAGGAACUGUGAUCUGAGACGGCACUCGUUGACCCACAAUCUGGGAGUGCCGUCGUCGUCGCCACCGCCGCCACCGUCGGGCAUACCCGUCUCGGGCGGGAGCACCGUCGUGCUCCAGGAGACGUCCUAG